AUGGGUUCAGCAUGUAUUAAAAAGCAGCCACAUCCUCAGAGACAACAAUAACAGCGACAAAUCUAAUCUCGAUAAUCAUAAAGCACAAAUUUGUCAUCACAUUAAAACACGCAACGUCGAGCUUCAGAAUCACAAUAACACUAAUAACCCUAAUAACAAACCAACCAGAUACAAAUCAAAGAAAACUCAUCCAAACCACUUAUAAAUAGUGGAGUAAAUGCUAAUCCUUAUUUAGUUUACUUCACCAAGAUCUGAUUUAAACGAUAAGUCAAUGCUUAGCAAGAACGAACUUACUAAAGUUGAACCCUUAAAGCACCGCUUUCUCUAAUAAGAGUCAGACAGCUACCUUUUUAAAAAUAACGACGCCCCAGAUUCAGAUAUAGCCAUAUAAGUCAAAGAACCAGAUAUAACAAACCCAAAAGUAGACAAAGUAUUAAAAUCUCUCCCUCCCUUUCAAUAUGAUCCUGAUUUGAACAAAAAAUUCAAUGAUUGCAUUUCAUUACCACCUCAUGUAAUUAUAUUCACAAUACAAACUAGUAAUUCAUUAGCACUGGGAUUAUAUAUGUUGGGCAAUGGAGAAAUAAAUAAAAACAAGGCAAAGGACGUUAGUAUUGGCCAGAUGGAACUUACUAUGAAGGGUAUUGGUAAAACCAUGGGGCCAAUGGUAAAGGAAGGGUGAUUCGUUCUGAUGGUUCCUAUUAUGUAAUCAUUAAUAAUCCAUUUAUUUCAGGAAGGAGAUUGGCAAGAUGACUUAUAAUGUGGAUUUGGAAAAAAUGUUGAUUCGGAAGGAAAUGUUUAUGAGGGAGAAUGGAAGGAUGAUGAGAAAGAUGGUCAAGGAACAGAAAAAUGGGUAUCUGGAGACACUUAUUCUGGCUAAUAUUAGGGAGGUAUGAAACAUGGUAAAGGAAAAUAUAUUUGGUCCAAUGGAAAUUGCUAUGAAGGAAACUAUCACAAAGACUAGAUCGAUGGAUUUGGCACCUACAAAUGGCCGGAUGGUUAAGUCUAUACUGGAGAAUGGGCUAAGGAUUAAAUGUAUGGGAAAGGCACAUUUAUUUGGGUUAAUGGCAAUAAAUAUGUUGGCGAUUAUAAAGAGGAUAAGAAGGAAGGUUAUGGUGUUUUCUCCUAUGCCGAUGGGAAAACAUAUAAAGGAACUUGGCAUAAUGGAAAGCAACAUGGGAAAGGAGUGUUAAUUGAAGCUGAUGGGAUGGAAAUUGUUGGAGUGUGGGAAAAAGGAAAACUAGUUUAAUAAGAGUGA